AUGUCGCAAAGUCUGGUUGGCUGCGCCGCUUGCCUGCGCCGUGCCGUGCAAGCUUCGUCUCGCAGCAGACCCCUCGCCGAAGCCGCCAGCAUCUGGACAGCAUCUGGAAUUCUACCAGCUCCUCCACAGACCAGCAGGCAUUAUGCUUCAGUUGCCGUCCCAAGCACUGAACAGACCGACGCUCCCCGGAGUCUUGUUCUAGAGCCCGUCGAUUCAGAAGCCUCCAAGAAGAAGAACUUUGAGCGGCUGCAGCGCAUUGUCAAGAAAGAGCUGCAGCAUAUGGACGAUCCUUGGAAAAUUGCCCAGUACGUGGAGAAAGCUCUCUCCAAGGACAGGUUUGACGAAGCCUUGCUCCUCACCAAGACUGCCGGCAAAGAACAGCAGGUUGUUGUUGCGUGGAACCACCUCAUCAACUACCUGCUGGGCAAGCAGCAGCUGAAGAACGCCAUCAAGCUCUACAACGAUAUGAAAAAAAGAGGGCAGCUACCCAAUGUCCAGACCUUUACCGUCAUAUUCCGUGGCUGCGCCCAGUCGCAACACCCAAAGAUUGCCGUCGCAGAGGCUGUCAAGCACUACAACAUUCUCCUCAACGACAAGCGGCUACAGCCCAAUUCGAUCCAUAUGAACGCUGUGCUCAAUGUUUGCGCAAGAGCCGGUGACCUUGACUCCAUGUUCCUGAUAGCCGACACAGCCAAUGACUCUACUCGCGCCCCCACGCCCUACACGUAUACUACCAUCUUUAAUGCUUUGCGACAUCAAGCGCUCCUUGCUGUGGAUGACAUCACGCCGGAGCAGCAAGCCGCCAACCUGCAAAAGGCUGUGGAUCGUGCCAAGAGCAUCUGGGUUGAAGUCAUUGACAAGUGGAGAAAGGCCCAGUUGGUCAUAGACGAGGAGCUGGUGUGCUCCAUGGGCCGUAUUCUACUCCUCGCCCCUAAUAAGGAACAGAAGAAGGAGGUGCUCGACUUAUUAUACCAGACCAUGAGCAUACCCAAUUUGGCCAAGGAGGCUGGCAUGGACGCGUUCCAAGAUACUCAGAUGGAAAAGAUUGCUGUUACUGGCGCCCCAAAGAAGGUGCCUUCGACCAGAGCUGUCUAUGCUGUCCCUGGCCGAAAUACCCUCGCUCUGGUCCUCACAACCCUGGCCUCAUCAAAGCUUACGACGUGCGGCAUCAAGUAUUGGAAUCUCCUGGUCCGCUACUAUGGUGUGAUACCGGAUAACGACAACUGGCUGCGCAUGUUUGGCAUGCUCAAAGUCGCCAAGGCCAGUGGCCACGCCUCUUCGAUCCUGAGCCUGAUGCCUGACGAAUACAUUGAUGCCAAGCACUACCGCAUCGCCAUGGAGACCUGUGUCCGCGAUAACAUCAACCCCAAUGUCAUUGCCAACGCAGAUCGAGUGCUUGACUCUAUGCUCGAGCGCCUUUCCGUGCCAGAUCUUCAUACCCUUCGCCUGUAUUUGCGGGUUGCCCUGGUCAGCCACUUUCAGUUCCGCGAGAAACUCAAACAGGGCAACCAAGAAGACGCCAAGCGUGACUAUGGCUUGCAAAUAACAACAGCCCUUGCCCACCUCUGGGAACCUUAUAAGAAAGUUCACUAUCACUUCUUUAAAGAGAAAGCAAAAGGCAACGAUUCUAACACGGGGGCGCUGUAUAACAGCCAGCGUGAGGUCAUCGCCUUGGCUCGCCACAUGUUUAGCGCUUUCAACAAAGUCAUCAACGAAAAGAUGCUUGCCGAGAGUGACGCAAAGGACCUCCGCGCUGUGGGAGCGAAAAUAAAUCGUGAGAUUCAAAAGUUUUACUCGGAUCGUGAAGAUAGGGAGCCCAACCUGCGCAAG